AUGAAGAAAAUGUCUGGCUAACCAAUAUUAAAAAAAGUGUCUAUGAAUCAUAAUCACACUCAUUUGGAAUCAGAGACAUCGGAUGUUGAAAGAACCACAAGUUUUGAAUCAAGUUAAUUGGGCAGAAUUAUUGAUAUUUCAUCAUUUCGUAAAACCUCCACUUCCUCAAAAGGAGAUAAUAAUUAAAGUCCUAGAUAAUAAAGGAGAAAUUCAUUUGUUACUUUUGAAUCUAAUGAUGUGUCAAUCUCUGUCAGUUAAAUCAAAUCCAUUCAUGAGUAAUUUAUUAACCAAACUUUUAGUCCUUCGCAGUAUUUGAAAAUGAAUGAUUUGUAAGUUAGAGUUUGGAAAGCAUUAUCCAAAUUUACGAAGGCAUAAUUAGAAUCAGUUUUUUUGAUUGAUAUUAUUGUUUUGCAUAAUGAUACUGAAUUUGAAUUUAAGUUUGACCUCUCACAAUUGUCUUGUUUUAUGACAAUGAAAGAAUUGAGAGAAUAAAUUCAUCUUAUAUUUUCUGAACAAAAGAAUCAAAAAAUAUAAGACCCAUAGUUAUAUAUUCUGAUUGGUGUUAUUAAAACAUAAAAAUUAGAUGGCGAUAUAAGAUUGUUUGAAUUACUAAAUAUUUUACUCAAUGGAAAAAAAACUUUGAUUUUGCAAUCUUCAUGCUAAAAUUUUUGA